AGGGGCUACAACGGGAAGCUGGAAGAAACUUUGGAUAAACUGUCAAAGUUCCUGGCCGGUAUGGAUCACUUUCGUCUUCGUCGCUCCUCAUUUACACCCACCUUCAAUCAGGGCAAUCAAGAACCCACAAUCGUUGUGGAAGAAUCCGCCAACUAUUUCGAAGAAGAAGAAGUACCGACCCGAAAAUCAACACCACGUGACAGUCUCGAUAUAGAUUCGCCAGUAAAUCCUUACUUACUGUCACCAUGGCGCGAUCCUCGCGAAACACGGAAACACUCGCUACCUUCCCAACAAGUUACAGAAGGUAUAACAGCCAGCCAGGUCAGACGUUUGUCGGAGCGAGGAGGAGAGGGAUCUGGACCCACACCGCGAGAAGCUGCAUUUUUAGCCACAUUAUCACAAGCGCCUCAACCAUCUGGGCGUCGUCAUUCAGUGGUUACAAUAUCAAAGGUACCUCAAACAGUAUUCGGGCGAGGUCGCCGUGAAUCUGUGGCUGCAUUUCCAGCUGGAAGCAGAGGCACGUUGUCGUCCCGCAGAGAAAGUCAAACGUCUGGAGGUCCACCAGCAACUGAUCCCAUUGGCAGCAUUCACAAUUUGCAAUUGGAUAUAAUGGAUGAUAUUGUGCAGGCGCGAAAGGCAAGAAUGAAAUUGUGGAAUACUUCCAGUGAAAAGGUUUGUGAGGUUCAGACUGUUGAAGGGGCGGGCUCAAGUUCACCAAAAAGAUAUUCUAAUCGUCGAUAUUCAGACUUCGUUGCAUCGUCGCUUACUCCAAUACCAGCCAAUCGAAGGGCCUCAGAGAACCCAUGUAUUUCGCCAUCAGUAUCGAGUGCAUCGUCUAGUUUUCUGAAAAAAUCUGGAAUUGUCGUGACUAAAAACGAUCUUAUGACGCUUAUGUCUUCAUUAACUUCUUCCGCUACAGAAAUAAAUAAGGUAGACGAAACUCCAAUCACACCGAAACAAUCAUCUAACACAUUAGCACCAGAUUCAAUUGGUAUGUCUCGAUCCAAUCGAUCAAACAGUUUCGACGUGUCUAUCCUCCAUAAUGCCAAACAAUUGAUAUCGAAUGCAUCUAGCGACAAAAAUACGGCCGCACUAUCAGGUUGGUUUGAAAAGCGACAUCAACCAAUGGCCCGAAAAAAGUCAAUGAAACCCAACAGCGCGACUGUUUCAUUUUCGAAAGAAGUCUUAGAUCGAUUCAAGGACAAAGAGGAUAGUCGUAAAGAGACAAAAAAACCGAAAAGUAAAUUGCGAUGGGACAAUAAGUCAUCCUUUGUUGACCCUCAUGUGAUUGGAAAUGCAAUCGAAGGAUUUUUGCGAAAAGGUUCAUCAAGCAAAGGAGCAGUGCCUAAGGAGUCUCGUGUAAAAAAGUCGUCUUCCUCCAAAUCUAGCUUUUGGUUUGGUAAAGCAGAAGAGGAUGAUUCGACCGAUACGUGUGAUUCGUCGUUAUGUUCGACGUUAAAGGACCUAUUUGUAAAAUAAUACUCAGCGCAUUUUAAGUUUUAAAUCAAUGUUUCAAUUCAGUUCCAAUUUGUUAGUCUGUGGUGAGCGGUAGGUAUACUAAUAAUGUGAUUUUCCCAUUUAUUCGGUUUUGGCAAAAGCAUUUAUAAAGUUUGACGAGGUCGGUUCACGGUUUUCGAUAAAUAAUGUAGUGGCGGAACCACUUUGUACCAAAUCAAUACAACUACUGUCGCUGCCACUAUUGCUCAUAGCAAGUGGUGUGUCGGCAAUGCAGGCUAUAUUCAUAUUUACUGAGAACAGAUGCGCACAGCAAAUAGCUAAGAUCAAUAACUAACACCAUAUAGUAACAGUAGCGUUGUAGGUUUUAAU